AUGAGUAUAAGAGAUAUAGUGUUAAUUUGUACUUUAGUGCCUUCUUGUAUAAUCAUAGUAGUAUUUUCGGUAAUGGUUUUUUUAAGAAUAAGAAGAAAGAGAAUAGAACAAAUAAAUUAUCUCAAAAGUAUUAAAAAAAGAAAUUAUUUAUCACAAGAACAAAAAGAAAAAAAUCGUUUAAAAGCAAAAGAAGUUGACAAUGAGAUCCAAAAAAAAAUAUUUGAAAAUAAAUGUUUCAUGCUUCAAUAUGCUACCAGGAAUGCAACUUAUAGAAGUACUGUGGCAUGGAUGGAAAAAGAGUUAAAAAAACAAGAAGAUCAAUUAAAAAGUUAA